CAUGUAGCUCUCAUCCAUGUAUGUAACUGUCAUCCAUGUAUGUAGCUGUCAUCCAUGUAUGUAACUGUCAUCCAUGUAUGUAGCUGUCAUCCAUGUAUGUAGCUGUCAUCCAUGUAUGUAGCGUAAUCAUGAGUUUCUCUUUUCCAUUUUCAUCACUAAUUUCAUUUGUUUUACUCUAAAACUUGACCGCUCAUUUCAUUAUUUUGUCACAUCGUAUCAAUGAUUGAUGUUGAUGUGGGCAUGUUGGAAUGUGCAAUUAAUUUAAUCAAUGUAAUCUAAAUUUGUGAUAUGUCUUCAUUCAUUCAUGCAUUUAUUUAUUUUAUUUAUUCAUUCAACUUAUUUCUGUGUCACUGCAAAAGCCGUAGCCCUGCAGCUCCCCCCAUCGCUCCCUCGGUCUCCAACUGACCAAGUCCCUGCCCCGGUUCCUGCCCCGGUUCCUACUCCUGCCCCACAGGGGCGGAGCGAAGAGGAGGAUUUUCCCCGGCAGUCCUUCCUGCCUCCAAGGCCCGCCUCCGAAAGUGCUGAGCUGCUGCUUCCAGAGAGUUGGCGUUCAUCUCUCACCAAGGAGCAGCAGCGGUGGAUCGGCCGCACGCUGUUCACCAGGAACAGCUUUGGGAGGUCGCCGCUCGCCACUGACCUGGUCACGUGGUGGACGCCUCCCCAACCGCGGCCGAUCUACAAUCAUCCGCCCGCAUCCCCCCGAGCCCUUCUUCGCAUGUCAGCUGUUCCUUUGGAUGCCCGUACGUAUAUGGGCAUACCGGCUUGGCACGCCCCCCAGUCUGGGUGCAGAGGCACACUCUGCGAGGCUGGGCUCUACAAGACCAUCCGGAGGGUCUUGGACAUCGACCGCUGGUAUCUCAUGGCCACUGAGUACCUGGAAUGCGGCCGGUGUAAGAAGAAGGUCACGGGACCUCGUCAGUCAGCUGGACGCUCGGCAUCGCUGCCAGUUUCCAGCUAUAUUGACAUACAAGCUGUCCUGUGACCUGCGGGUUGUGAGGAUGCUGAGGUCGCGCCCUUUGGGGAACAGUGCGUCACAGACCUACAGAAAGCUGGGCGAAAGUCACAGCGAGUCCUGGAUGCGGAGUUGUAUACGGUACCUCGGGGAGUGCGAGCAGUUUCUGGCCUUGGGCAUUGGGCGGUAGUUCACCGAUCCGCCGGAGAUGCCCCCCGGUGCCCUCACCCCGUCUUGCUGCUGACGGUCUACAGCUGUGACGUGCUGUCGCGGCUGGACGAGGUGAAGGCCAGGGUCACCUCCAUCUUUGGGUCCAUCUUAAAGAUGGACUCUACCAAGAAGAUGACUAAAAAGCUUGCGGGUACCGCUGCAGACACAGCCGCCUGGGUUACCAACGUCGGUAACGAGCAUGGGCAGGUCCUCGUCAGUGUCCUCACUGCCGGUGAGGGCGAGGGCCUGCUCCCCAUGGCGGCUGGUCUCAUGGAGCGGUACCGGCUCGCCGGGAUGGCGCCCCCCCAGCUCAUGUACGUGGACCGAGACUGCUGCUCCAGCUUCGGCGGAUCAAAGACAGCUGCCAUGUACAAUGAGUGGGACCAGCUGGUGGUUCGGCUGGACGUCUGGCACCUGAUGCGGCGGUUCGCGUCAGGUGUCACCACUGAGAGCCACCAGCUCUACGGUCCCUUCAUGCGGCAGCUGUCAGCCUGCAUCUUCGAGUGGGAUGCAGGCGAUGUCCGCCGACUGCUGGAGGCCAAGAGGUCUGAGCUGGAGGGGGAGCACGGGAUGGUCGGCCUCACCGAGGCGGAGGUUUCGAGGCAGAUCGGCAGGAAGGAGAUGGCGCUUCACUGUCGGCGUCGUACGCGUGGAGCUGCGGCGACCAAAGUCCUUCUCCUUGACCUCCUCGAGACCUUCAACAGCGAGAGGUCAGGGGUCGACACCCUGGGCAUCCCGUUGCUGGACUCCAUCCGCAUCCAGGCCAUCUGGAAAGAGCAGAGGCGCCACCUCCACUGCAUACAGGACCCACCCGGUGUACGGCUGUACACAGAGACCGGCAAAAUCACCAAGGGCGGCGUGAUGUUGCCGGUUUAUCGCUGCGCACGGGGCUCCACAUCCUUGGAGUCAUUCCACCUCAACCGGUUCAUCCCAGGUACCAGGGCAAAUGCAAUACAUUUCCAGGCAUUCCUGUUGGAUGGACUGGUGAGGUGGAACGAGGACCGUGCGCAAGCAGCAGUGGAGGGAAAGAACAGGCAGCCCCUGCUCUGUUACAGUGGCCACCUGCAACACAUCCUUAACAUUAGCAGCCAAAGGGUGCUUGGCAAGGAGCAGGUUAAGGACGACUCCAAGCCUAGCAAGUACACGGGGGAACUCCUCGGAGUGGAGUACCUGUACUCGCAGACUGGCAGAGUGCUGCAGGAUGUCAGCGCAGACCCUGACCUUCCGGAAGAGGCAGUCGCCGUCGAGCAGCUCGACGAGGAGGACGAGGGCUUUCAGGAGGAGGAUGUGGACCCGACAGUCCACAUCCCUCAUGUCCCUCCUGUGAGCGGCCCGUCCUCCAGCUCAGCGGCACCUCUGUCAGGGGAACCCGCUGACGCACCCAGGUCUGGGCCAACCAGUCCCACCGCCCCUGAAGACGGAACCUCUCCUGAGGCCCCUGAAGACGGAACCUCUCCUGAGGCCCCUGAAGACGGAACCUCUCCUGAGGCCCCUGAAGACGGAACCUCUCCUGAGGCCCCUGAAGACGGAACCUCUCCUGAGGCCCCUGGUCGACACGGUUCUCCUCACCCUGACCACUCCUCUGAUUCAGAGGGGGAGACGAAAGGCCCUGAUAGACGGCCGGGCUACCAGCAUGUCUGUCGGCUUGGUGGGGGUGAGGAACCGUCAGGGGCUGUCGGACCGCAGGGUAGACGGUCUGGUGGCGCUGUGGCUGGCGCUGCCGGACUUAGACAAGCAGCGCUUGAUCUACCCUGCCCGGCACCAGGAGAGGAUCGUUCAGGGGCGGUUCAAGGCAACGAAGGGGAAGUCGUCCAUUAUCCUAGGAAAAGACUCUCUCCAAUGCCGUCUGGUGGAGGCCAUUUGCAGUCAGCUCUGCCAAAUCCAUCCCAGCGCCACGCAGUCUGCCGGUGUCAAGAAGAGCAGGUGGGCGCUCAUUCUGGCAGACUACGUGGGCAUCAGGGAGGCAGUGCUGAACAGCCCGAGGUUGAUGGCCCAGACCAACCUUCAGCUCUUUGAGCUGAAUCAAAGGACCAUCGGUCAGUGGUACUCCCGGCGUCAGAGGGAGAGGAUGGUGCUGCACCAGGGAUUGGGGCUCGCUCCUGCACCCAGUGUCACCGCCCAGCCCCUCCCUGCAGCCCAGCCCCUCCCUGCAGCCAAGCCCCUCCCUGCAGCC